CAUGCAACGCACCGUUCGAAUGGUCUGGAUUCGCCUCGUCGCGUGAUCGCCAUCGUCUCUGUAGACAGAAUAAAAAAAAAUCAAGAGGGGGAGGAAGCCGAGGGAGGUUUUCGCUGAGAUGGAGAUGGGUAGGGACGUGGAUGCAGGGCAGCAGCAGAGGCGGCUGGUGGUGGUGCACAGCCAGGUGAGGCGGAUCAAGCAGGAGGAGGGGGAGAAGGUGAAGGUGGACGAGACGUACCAGCACCAGGUGUCGGAGAUGCGGCGGAUGGUGGUGCUCCGGGACAUGGAGGCGAGGCAGCGCUCCCGCUCGCCGCUCGGGAGGGCCGCCCGCCCGGCGAUCUCCAUCGGCGGCGACUCGUGAGGCGUACGUACGUGCGCCACCCCAUUGCCGGAUUGGAUGGAGACGUACGGGCGCCGCCGCGAUCUCCUUGAGUUUUCUUCUCUCGUCAUGGUUAGACCCGACUGAUUGAGCAGCCGAACAUGAGCAGAUGUUUUUUUAGGAUCAUUCUUUGGCUGUACUGCGUACAUUAAUCUUUUUAUUUUAUUGUCGUCGUCGUUGUCGUUGAGACAAGGAAAUUUCAGUUCUUAGGAUUAAUGGAAAGUUAUAUCUUGGUUCUGUAAAUACUAAAGUUAUGUAGCCUAGCUAUUUUGAAUUGUGCAUCUGUGAUGCAUUCAUUCUUGAUGAUCUUCCUCUCUCCGAUGAA